AUGUCGGCGAUGAUGGGGGCGCGGCUGGACCUGGCGCCCUUCCUCCUCUCCCCGUCGCCCUCGCCGCCCUCCUCCGCCCUCCGCCUCCGGACCUCCCCGCCCUCUCCGGCGGCGGCGGCGAGGACCCGCUUGCUCGCCCCGAGGGCUGCCGCCGCGGCGACCGCCGUCUCCGCCAAGCCGGCGGCGGCCGCGCCGCUGUCCGCCGACCGCUCCGUCGUCCGCCUCGGGCUCCCCAGCAAGGGCCGCAUGGCCGAGCUAACCCUAAGCCUCCUCAAGAGUUGCCAGUUGUCGGUGAGGCAGCUCAACCCGCGGCAAUACACCGCCGACAUCCCACAGGUUCCAAAUUUGGAGGUUUGGUUUCAGAGGCCCACUGAUAUUGUUCGUAAACUAUGUUCAGGGGAUCUUGAUCUUGGUAUUGUGGGUUAUGACAUAAUCAGUGAAUACGCGCAGGGCAAUGAUGAUCUAGUUAUUAUUCAUGAUGCUCUCGAUUUCGGACAUUGUCGCCUGUCCCUUGCGGUGCCAAAGGAAGGUAUUUUUGAUAGCAUCAAUACUCUGGAGGAUUUGUUAAAUAUGCCUCAAUGGACUGAAGAAAGACCCAUGCGUGUCGUUACAGGAUUUGGUUAUGUAGGUGCAAAGUUUUUGAAAGAAAAGGGUUUCAAACAUGUUUCAUUUUUAGCUGGUGAUGGUGCUCUCGAGUCAUAUCCUGCUAUGGGUAUGGCUGACGCUAUUGUGGAUCUCGUGAGUAGUGGAACGACUUUGCGUGAGAAUAAUUUGAAGGAAAUUGAUGGUGGAAUCAUUUUGGAAAGCCAGGCAACACUUGUAGCAAGUAAGAAAUCUCUGAACAGGCGUGAAGGUGUGUUAGAGAUUUCACAUGAAAUGCUUGAAAGAUUAGAGGCUCACCUCACAGCGUCUGGCAAGAUAAUGGUAACAGCAAAUAUGAGGGGCAAUAGUGCAGAAGAAGUGGCAGAGAGAGUUCUCAGCCAAACAUCAUUAUGUGGAUUACAGGGCCCAACUAUAAGUCCAGUGUAUUGCACACUUGAUGGCAAGGUUGCCGUGGACUACUAUGCUAUUAAUGUUGUAGUUCCCCAAAAGUCGCUUUACAAGUCUAUUCAACAACUGAGAUCUAUUGGUGGCAGCGGCGUCUUGGUGUCGAAACUGACCUACAUAUUUGACGAGGAGACUCCUAGGUGGCGCAAGCUUCUGUCGGAGCUGGGAAUGUGA